AUGGACGUCCUCGAGGCUAUUUCAGCGCUCUCUGAGAAGAUGGACAAGAUGGCUCGUAAGUCGGACAUCGAGGACUUGAAGGUGAACUUCGAUGCUUUCAGGAAGGAGGUAAUGGUGGAUGUAAAAGUCACCGUAUCAGAGGCCGUCGACCCCUUGAAGCACUUAUGUUAUGAACUGGGUUCCAGAGUAUCUGCUUUAGAGCCCCAAUCACCUGUAUCAGACGCCGACGCGCGCACCAUUAAGGAGCUGCAGAGCAGCGUCCUCCGCAUGCAUCCUGUUCGUCGUCGCGUCGCCCUCGUUGGCUGGCCAGACGACGUCGGCGCCGACGCUCGCAUCGCGAAGAUGGAGGUCGCCAAGGCUUUCCUCUCCAACGUGUCGCUGUCCAGCAUUGAGCUCAACAUCGUUAGCAACAAAUCGAUGAUCAAGCCAGCCCCCGCGGAGUUGCAACGCAAGUGGAGAUAUGCCAUGCGAACGGCCCAGGAGUUGAUCAAAGCCUAUACCCUGGCCGAUGGCAAGGAAGCCAGGAUUGAUUUUGAAGCCGACGGUUCUCAGAACCGGCUUGUGAUUGUUAACAGGACCGCCGCAUUCAAGCAAUAG